UUUCGACCGUCGACCCACGAAAAAGGCCGAUGAUCACUCUCAGGCUUCUUUCUGAUUUUGAUAUUUUUUUGAAAGUUUUGAUAAUGAUUUUAUAAAAGAGAACUACGACUAAAAGUGGUUAGAAUACGUGAUAUCGUUAUCAUUUAGCGUUGGAUAUUCAGUCAAAAGAAUCGUAAUCUUGAAAUCAUAUCUAAAGAUACAAGAUAUGUCCACAUAUGUACAGCUGCAACUUGGCAUAAAUCUUGACAAUUAAACAACUCAAUUAACAUAAGCAUGGAUCAAAGUGUACUUGUGGCAUUUGAUUUCGACCAAACUAUCUGUGAUAAUAACACCGAUGUAGUAGUACAACAACUAUUACCAACAAGCUUGAUAUCUAAGGAAAUACAAGAUCUAUAUAAAUCCAGUGGCUGGGUAAUCUACAUGAAUAAAAUCUUCGAACUUUUGCUUGACUUUGUAAAUUAUAAGCAGAUUGAGGAUGCUAUCAUCAAUAUACCUGCGGUUGCAGGGAUAGAGGAGCUUCUUACUUCUUUGAAAGCUAGUGGACAUGAAAUUAUCAUUAUUAGUGACUCUAAUAGCGUGUUUGUAGGCCACUGGCUGAAAAACAGAAAACUUGAUCAUGUCAUAUCGCAUGUCUUCACGAAUCCAGCUCACUUCGAUAUUGCAGGGAGGCUCUGGGUACAUCCGUAUCACAUGCAACACGCAUGCUCAUUGAGUGCCAUCAAUCUUUGCAAAGGGCAGAUCUUGAUGGAUUACAUUCAGGAGAGACGCAAGCAGGGUAAGAAUUUCAAGAGGAUCAUCUACAUUGGUGAUGGAAAAAAUGAUCUUUGUCCAAUUCUGCGUCUCUCAGAGACCGAUUUGGCAUGCCCACGCAAAAAUUAUGCGCUCGAAGAUCAACUGAAUAAAUUAUCUGAUUCUGCAUUGAUGAAGGCGAAAAUUGUAUUUUGGCACAAUGGCAUUGAUCUGCGACAUAGCUUGGAAGAAAUUGUAAAAUUUAGUCAAUGAUCCGUUCAUAUAUUAGAUUAGUCACGAUUUAACCAAAAUCAACCUAGUCAUAUAAAAUUAAUUGUAUUACAUUUCUUAUUUGGUAUAUUCGAGCACAUCUUGUGCUUUCUGAUUGAAAGGUAUGUCCUUAAAUAAUGAAUAUUUUAUUAAACAGUUAUUAAUUAUUAAGUAAUAGUAACAACUACUAUUUUUUAAACUAUUCACUUUAUGACAUAUUAUAAGAACGUCUAGUUAAUCACAUAAUAUACAUAUAUUAAGUUCAAAAAUGAUAUUUUUGCUAUUAUGAUAACACACACAUUAAUAAUAAUAAAUCUAUCAUUUGCUUCAUGACAUUCAAUCUAAAAUGAUAAUAUUGACUAAUUGUAUUACUCGACUUAUAUGACUUGUGAAUAUUAUAAAUAUACAUUUUUGAUUUUGUAAUAAAU